AUUGGCUCGGCUUGGCUGCAGGAUAGGUGUUUCCCCGCCUGGCGAAGAGCGUGCGCGCGGUGAGUGUGGGCUGGGGUGGUCGGGUACCAGUACCAAACGGGAAGUUAAUGACGGAAAAUCUUCAUUACGGUAAAAUUUCCUAGUUCGGUCGUCGACGUAAAAAGCUGGAGCUAGUGCAGAGUGAAAGGCCAAGGCAUUUUGGAGGUCUUUCAGAACAAAGAGCACUGAAAAAUGUCGGCACGAAGAAAAACUCCGACUGCACACAUGACUUUACUGAUUGAGUUGGAUAAGUGCAUCCUGAAAGAGCAAUUUGGGAUGAUUAAGCAGAUGGUGAAGGCAGAGGAAUUCGGUAACCUGAAGCCCGGGGAGCUGGAAAAGAUUAAAACUCCGGACCAGUUGUUCCAGAAAUUGGAGCAUAAAAACAUCAUCAAGGUUGGCGACUACAGAAAGCUGAGGCAUCUCUUUGAAAGAAAGCUUGAAUUUCACCAUCUGAUUGCUCCCAUAAAUGUGGCAGAAGAUGCCUUAGAAGGAGAAGGUCACCCUGUCAUGCGUGAACCAGCUUCCAGUGAGGAAACUGCAUUGCUGCCUCCGUCUAGUAAUAACAAAACCAGACAGAGAACAGCAAGAAGCCUAGGUGAUGCAAUUCCAACUGAAUUUCCAGUGGACGACCGACCCCAGUACCCAGAUGGCCGAGGUUACGUGCUUUUUAUCAAUGAAUUUGUGGGGCAGGGACAUGGCAACUAUCGCCGUAAAGGUGGUAAUGUAGACGAGGAGAAUAUUAAGAAGUUAUUUAGUAUCUCCCAGAACUACCACCUUGAUAAGUACGAAGAUUUGACCAAACCUGAACUUGUGAAAGUGUUGGAGGAUACAAAGGAGAAACUGAAAAAGGGAAACUACGCAAAAUUUAUUCUGAUCAUCUGCAGCCAUGGCCGGCGAGUUGUUCAGGACAAGAACAAUCCGAACCUGCCCCAGGAUUGCAUUGUAACUGUUGAUCAUGGUCUGGUAACAGAAGAGGAGUUGACUGAACCAUUUUUUGGAGACAAGUUUAAGGAGUUUGCUGGUAAACCCAAAGUCUUCAUCAUUCAAGCAUGCAGGAAACCAGCUGACUCACCCGAUGACAUGAUGGAAGAUCAGAGCAGGCGCUCACUUGCUGACAGCGAGCUAGGUCCAUCUCGCCACACACGUCCCAAAAAUGCUGAUGUGCUGAUAUCCUACGCCACAACGAAAGGCACCAAGGCGUGGCGGAAUGAAGAGAAAGGCUCCUGGUUCAUCCAUCACUUCUGCAAAGUCGUCCAAAAGUGGCACGAGACGGAAUACCUGACAGAUCUUCUGCUGAGGGUCAAUGACAAAAUAUCUCGGAUGGAGUUCACAGAAGAGCAGAGCGAUGCUCCAGCAGGGGAAAGUGAUCCCAUAAAGCAGAUGCCUUGUCAGAUCUGCACCCUGACCAAACACGUCAAACUGUGAACCUCUAAUCUUAACCAGCAUUGGGAUUUAUCAAGGUAGCUUGGUUUAGAAUUGAAUAGCUUGGUCAGCAGUAUAUUUGGAUGAAAGGGAAGCUCAGAGGAAUUGAUCUCCUUCAUGUUCGUUGUAGUCCUUACGGAUAGAUAGGUUACCAAAGUGUGACGUCAUUUGAAACAAGGAAAUGUACGUAGUGCAAACAAAAGGAGUUUGUGUGCAAGUCGGUUCACACGGUGGUUCUCUUGCUAAUGCCUUUAACACACAAUUGUGCAUGUUAGGUAUUCACUUUGGUACUCUGUAGACAGACCCACUGACGUUUCACUGGGCAUUCCUGGAGGCCCCCUUAAAUGGCAAUAAGCACUGUGUUUGGAUUUGUACCAAGCAACUGUCA